UCGCCACCAGUCUACAUUCUGUUUUUGAUCGGCAUGGCGCAUUUCGGACAAGGAACAACUAGCAUCAACUGUCCUGAUAUUUCCUACCUUGGUGUCCCCACUGACAUUACCUGCAUUACGUCUGUACCGUUCACCACUGUUGAGUAUCGGAGGCCAAGUCAGGUUAUUUUCCCGCAAUGUAGUGCUCCUUCUUUAUCCUGUACAUCUGUGGAGGGAUAUACAGCAAGCUUACACAACAACACUUACACUACUCUCACGGUACGGAAUGUACAACCACAGCAUGACGGGCAGUGGACGUGCGCCGUUGCAGGAGCUGCAGAAAUUAGCUCUGAGGCAUCAUGCUCUCUAUUCAUCGCAAAUGUUCCACAGUGCCAAAUCAGAAGUGACCAGAACACAGACAAACUGAUACUUCAUGAGGAACUGUCACUAACUGUGGACAUACAGGAAUACUACUGCUCUGCCCAAUAUACCUUCUUGCUGCUGGUUGGGGAGGACAAUGUCCAGCUGCCUAUAUCGGAACCAAUGAACAUAUCUACGAGCACAAUAGCUAACACAACUGUCAAUAUCACUGCUUCAUCUUUAGGAGGUGUUCGACUGGCGUUUCGUUGUCACGGCGAGCAGCAGAAUUUGUCUUGUGGUGGCAUCAAAUUCAUCAAUGGUAAGAUUCGUACCAUUACAAUCAUCCGAUAUCCUUUUCACUGUACACACAAUGAAUCAUCCCGAGAAUUGUACUUGUUCCUUUAUUUUCCAACAUUUAACUUUCGUUUACCGAAAAAUGAUAAGGGUAAUACUGUCACUUUAAUGGGUUAGCCCAGUGGUUAAGUC